GGGGCCAGAGAUCACAUCUCCGACGUCACGCGGCGGAUGUUUGACGCCUGCGCCGCUUCGUGAUAUCAGGUAGCCGGUGUAAACGGGAAACCAAAGCUUCGGUGGGGACUCGCGGACCAGGCUGCCUGCACGAUGUAUUACUUUUAACACAAGACGACCAACCCAUUCCUGUUAGGCUUGUAAAGAACCAAAAGUCCUAGCCACCAUGGUGCAGAAAUACCAGUCACCCGUCCGGGUGUACAAGCAGAGCUUUGAGUUAAUUAUGGCUGCAUAUGAGCGUCGGUUCCCCACGUGUCAUCUCAUCCCCAUGUUUGUUGGUAGUGACCUUAUGAGUGAAUUUAAGAGUGAGGAUGGAGCAGUGCACGUGAUGGAGAGGCGCUGUAAGCUGGAUGUUGAUGCUCCACGGCUGUUAAAAAAGAUUGCAGGAGUAGAUUACGUGUACUUUAUCCAGAAAAACUCCCUGAACAGACGGGAUCGUACUCUAGAGAUUGAGGCCCACAAUGAGACGUUCGCUAGUCGUAUAGUGGUCCAUGAGUAUUGCAGUUACACCGUACACCCUGAAAAUGAAGAAUGGACUUGCUUUGAACAGACUGCCAGCUUGGACAUUAAAUCAUUCUUUGGUUUUGAGAGCACAGUGGAAAAGAUCGCCAUGAAACAAUACACAAGCAAUAUCAAAAAGGGUAAAGAAAUCAUAGAAUAUUACUUGAAGCAGAUGGAGGAGGAAGGCAUCACCUAUUUACCUCGCUGGACUCCUAGCACCAUACAGAGAGAAGAAAGCAAAACGUCUACCUCAAGUGCGGCUGUCUCUCCUCCCCAGACCAUACCCGGUGCCAGUGAUGGGUACAACAAUAGAGAUGGCCGCUGUCCUGCCGCCAGCCCAUCUGAGCCACUCAGCAGCACUCCUGAUGAUAAACUGGAUGCCGAUUAUAUCAAACGCUACCUGGGAGACCUCACCCCGCUGCAGGAGAGCUGCUUAAUCCGCCUACGACAGUGGCUUCAGGAAACCCACAAAGGCAAAAUCCCGAAAGAUGAGCACAUUCUGAGGUUCCUGCGAGCUCGGGACUUCAACAUCGACAAAGCCAGGGAAAUCAUGUGCCAGUCUCUUACAUGGCGCAAACAACAUCAAGUAGACUACGUACUAAGCACCUGGGACCCACCGCAAGUUUUGCAGAACUACUAUGCUGGAGGCUGGCAUCACCAUGACAAAGAUGGUCGUCCGUUGUACGUGUUGAGGCUUGGACAAAUGGACACAAAAGGUUUGGUUCGAGCUCUUGGUGAGGAGUCUCUCCUCAGACAUGUUCUUUCCAUCAACGAGGAGGGGCUGAGACGUUGUGAAGAAAACACCAAUGUUUUUGGUCGUCCCAUCAACUCCUGGACCUGUCUGGUGGACUUAGAAGGGCUGAACAUGAGGCAUUUGUGGAGGCCAGGAGUAAAAGCUCUGCUGCGGAUUAUUGAAGUGGUAGAAGCCAACUACCCCGAGACGCUGGGGCGUUUGCUCAUCCUACGGGCCCCCAGAGUAUUCCCGGUGCUGUGGACUCUGGUCAGCCCCUUCAUAGAUGAAAACACAAGGAAAAAGUUUCUGAUUUAUGCUGGAAAUGAUUACCAAGGUCCAGGGGGAUUGUUAGAUUACAUCGACAAAGAAGUGAUCCCUGACUUCCUAGGUGGGGAGUGCAUGUGUGAGGUUCCGGAGGGCGGAAUGGUUCCCAAGGCUCUGUACAGAACCCCUGAAGAAUUGGAGAGUGAAGAUAUUAGGCUGUGGACCGAGACCAUCUAUCAGUCAGCCAGUGUUUUCAAAGGCGCCCCUCAUGAGAUAAUGAUCCAGAUCGUGGAUGCCUCAUCUGUGAUCACCUGGGACUUUGACGUGUGCAAAGGAGACAUUGUAUUUAACAUUUACCAUUCAAAGAGAGCGCCACAGGUCCCAAAAAAGGACACACUUGGAGCUCACGGCAUCACUUCUCCUGUUUGCAACAAUGUACAGCUGAUUGACAAAGCUUGGCAGCUGGGCCUAGAUUACAGUAGAGUGGAGUCUCCGCUUACUUGCAAGGAGGGAGAGAGCGUACAGGGUUCCCACGUAACUCGCUGGCCGGGUUUUUACAUCCUACAGUGGAAGUUUCAUAGUAUGCCGGCCUGUGCCACCAGUAGCCUCCCGCGUGUCGAUGAUGUUCUUGCCUCCCUGCAGGUGUCAUCACACAAGUGCAAAGUGAUGUACUACACGGAGAUCAUUGGCUCUGAUGAUUUCAGGGGGUCUAUGACCAGCCUGGAAUCAAGCCACAGCGGUUUCUCACAACUCAGCGCUGCUACCACCUCUUCAAACCAGUCUCAUUCAAGUUCCAUGAUAUCCAGAGAGCCCCUCCCUUUGUCUGAGUCUGCGCUCCCCUCUCUCACACACCCCCAAGACCUGAAGUCCAAUCCAGAUGGGCUCCUGCGUCUCUCCCCUUCCUUCUGGGGCCAGCACUUUUCCACUCUCUACACACUGAGACCCCCGGUCUUCCUCCGCUGGCCCCCAUCAUGGCGCCUCCCCUUCAUCCGAGAAGCUGGUGGAACUGCUGCCAUCGAGACGGAGGCGUCCAACACUUCCUGAGAACAUAAGCAAAACGUUAGGGUGUUUGUUUUGGGUUUAUGGAUGAACCCUGAACUCUGUAUGGCAUUCUGGCUCAAUAUCCUUCUUGAUCAAACAGUGCUUCAGGAAAAAAGAAAA